AAAUUGCCAACAAAAGGAAAAAAAAGAAAAGAAAAAAGAAAAUCGAAGCAAUCUGCAGCUCUCUUUCUCUAUUCCACAUAAACGCAGACAUCCGAAAUUUGCCGCUCCUUAAGUGUUUUGCCGGGCUGUAAAGAGAGUGGGCAAAAAAGAGGACACCGAUGGAAAAGGCUCGAAAGUCUGAAAAAUUCUCUGCAGAUUUUGUAAUGGGAGGGGCUGCAGCAAUAAUCUCAAAGAGUGCAGCAGCACCGAUUGAGAGAGUGAAGCUCUUAUUGCAGAAUCAAGGAGAACUUAUAAAGAGAGGACAACUCAAAAAACCUUAUAUGGGUGUUGGUGAUUGCUUUAGAAGGGUCUUGAGUGAGGAAGGUCUGCUAUCUUUUUGGAGAGGUAACCAGGCCAAUAUCAUACGGUAUUUCCCUACUCAGGCUUUCAAUUUUGCCUUUAAAGGUUACUUCAAAAGCCUUUUUGGUCGCUCGAGAGAGAAAGAUGGUUACGUGAAGUGGUUUGCUGGGAAUGUGGCAUCAGGGAGUGCCGCUGGAGCAACUACUUCAUUGUUUCUGUAUCAUCUGGAUUAUGCACGUACACGACUAGGCACUGAUGCAAGGGAGUGCCCUGUUAAUGGGCAGCGCCGGUUUAAAGGGUUAAUAGAUGUAUACAGUAAAUCCUUGGCAAGUGAUGGAAUAGUAGGUCUAUAUCGUGGAUUUGGGGCUUCAAUCAUAGGCAUUACUCUGUACAGGGGCAUGUACUUUGGACUUUACGACAGCAUGAAGCCUGUGAUAUUGGUUGGACCUUUGGAGGGUAAUUUCCUUGCUAGCUUCUUCUUGGGUUGGAGCAUCACUACUGUCUCUGGGAUCUGUGCAUACCCAUUUGAUACUGUGCGACGAAGAAUGAUGCUGACGUCUGGACAGCCAACUAAGUAUCGCAGUUCCAGUCAUGCAUUUUGUGAGAUCAUUCACCGUGAAGGUUUCAGGGCACUAUUUAGAGGAGUCCCAGCGAAUAUGCUUGUUGGUGUGGCAGGCGCCGGAGUACUUGCUGGGUAUGACCAACUGCAUCUAAUUGCACGUAGACGCCUCAAAACAUAAUCAAGUGAAAAGACAGAGGAAUUUUAUUCUGAUGUUUCCAUGAAAUUGAUUUAUACAAGAAUUUCAGAAUAAAUAUUUGAAAGAUGGUGUAAAUGAAAUUCUUGAAAAGGCAAGGAAAUGUAUGUACAUAUCUCCAUACAUUUCUCUGUACAGCUGAAUGACUGUUAUUGAUCAAUCCAUUCACAAUUUGAUCUUUGGGGUA